UUGCAGGAGACUGGGCCAACGAAUGUGGGAGAUGAAUGUUCAGAUCCAACUAUAAUGAAUUACCUGGGAGCCAGAAAAACGACCGUGCUGGGAAACAAUUUUUCCGAAUACCAUGUGGACGACCCACCUCGCCUGGUGCUGGACAAGCUGGAGAAGAUCGGCUUCCGCGUGCUGUCCAUGACGGGCGUGGGCCAGACGCUGGUGUGGUGUCUCCACAAAGAGACGGAGUGA